GCAAAGUCAUUUUCAAACCGACCAGUAAGAAAAAUGGCCCCCGUCAAGCCCGCUGCCAAGGCCGUUGCCCCCAAGACCGCCGCCAAGGCCAAGUCGAACACCGUGCUCGUCCCGGAGUCGAUCCUCAAGAAGCGCCGCACGCUCGAGGCCGUCAAGACCAAGAAGGCUGAGGCUUCGGUCGCUUCCAAGAAGCACCGCGCCCAGGUCCGCCAGAUCGCCUUCAAGUCGGCCGAGAAGUACGUCAAGGAGUACCGCGCUAUCGAGAAGCAGAACGUCCUCCUCCGCCGCCAAGCCAAGGCCGCCGGCAACUUCUACGUCCCGGCCGAGGCCAAGGUCGCCUUCGUGAUCCGCAUCCGCGGUAUCAUCGGCGUCUCGCCCAAGGUCCGCAAGAUUCUGAAGCUCUUCCGCCUCGUCCAGAUCCAGAACGGUGUGUUCGUGAAGCUCAACAAGGCCACGAUCAACAUGCUCCGCCUUGUCGAGCCCUUCAUCGCCUACGGUUACCCCAACCUCAAGUCGACGCGCGAGCUCAUCUACAAGCGUGGCUUCGGCAAGAUCAACAAGCAGCGCAUUGCCCUUACGGACAACGCCCUCGUUGAGAAGGUCCUCGGCAAGUUCGGCAUCAUCUGUAUCGAAGACUUGAUCCACGAGAUCUUCACGUGCGGCCCGCACUUCAAGGAAGCCUCCAACUUCCUCUGGCCGUUCCAGCUCUCGUCGCCCAACGGCGGCUACACGCAGAAGCUCCUCCACUACAACGAAGGCGGCGACCACGGUAACCGCGGCGAGGAGAUCAACAAGUUCAUCAAGCAGUGCUUGUAAAUCUUCCGCUCAACGUCUGGUCAUCCUAUCGGUUUGAAAUUAACAAUGACUCCUCUUGGCGCCAUUA